AUGGCGACCGACGCAAGCGACCCGAUUCCCCCGCACAAGACCUUCGACACCAUUCUGGUGCUUGAUUUCGGCUCCCAGUACUCGCACCUUAUUACCCGUCGUCUUCGCGAGCUCAAUGUCUACUCUGAGAUGCUCCCGUGCACCCAGAAGAUCGCUGAUCUUGGCUGGACUCCCAAAGGUGUGAUCCUAUCGGGAGGCCCAUACUCGGUUUACUGGGACGACGCGCCCCACGUUGACCCCGCCGUAUUCGAACUCAAUGUGCCAAUCUUGGGCAUAUGCUAUGGAUUGCAAGAGAUGGCGUGGACCUUUGACAACAAGAACGUGCUCGCGGGUGAAAAGAGGGAAUAUGGUCACGCGUACCUGAAGGUCGAAAGGCACGGAGAUGGCGAGGCGGGAGGGCAUGUGGACAAGCUGUUCGCGGAUUGGGAGGAUAACACGGAAGUGUGGAUGAGCCACGGCGACAAGCUUGGCCACCUACCUGAGGAAUUCAUCACGAUCGCUACCACAAGCAACGCGCCAUUCGCGGGUAUCGGCCACAAGAGCAAGAAGUAUUACGGCAUCCAGUUCCAUCCCGAGGUUACACACACGCCCAAGGGCAAGGUCUUGCUGAAGAACUUCGCCGUUGACAUCUGCGAAGCCCAGACAAACUGGACGAUGAGCAAGUUCGUCGAUCAGGAGAUUGAGAGGAUCAGGAAGCUGGUCGGCCCCAAGGGUCAGGUCAUUGGCGCUGUUAGCGGUGGUGUCGACUCUACUGUCGCUGCGAAGUUGAUGAAGGAAGCCAUUGGCGACCGCUUCCACGCCGUGCUUGUCGACAACGGCGUCCUCCGUUUGAACGAGGCCAAGAUUGUCAAGGAGACACUUACAGCUGGCUUGGGUAUCAACCUCACCGUCAUUGAUGCCUCUGAGCGAUUCCUCGGUCGUCUCGCAGGCGUUAAGGACGACCCUGAGAAGAAGCGCAAGAUCAUUGGCAACACCUUCAUCGAAAUUUUCCAAGAGGAAGCGAAGAAGAUCGCCGCGGAAGCACACGAAACUUCUGAAGCCGGCGAGAUUGAGUGGCUACUCCAGGGCACCCUCUAUCCUGAUGUCAUCGAGAGUAUUUCCUUCAAGGGCCCUUCCGCGACUAUCAAGACCCACCACAACGUCGGUGGCCUUCCAAAGGAUAUGAACCUCAAGCUCAUCGAGCCACUCCGUGAGCUCUUCAAGGACGAGGUUCGCGAGCUAGGCAUGAACUUGGGCAUACCUGAGGACCUCGUCUGGCGUCACCCCUUCCCAGGACCUGGCAUUGCUAUUCGCAUCCUUGGCGAGGUCACGCCUGAGCAAGUUCGCAUUGCCCGUGAGGCAGACAACAUCUUCAUCGAAGAAAUCAAGGCGGCUGGCUUGUACAGGAACAUCAGCCAGGCAUUCGCCGCUUUGUUGCCAGUCAAGGCUGUGGGUGUCAUGGGUGACAAACGAGUGCACGAUCAGGUCAUUGCGCUGCGCGCAGUCGAGACCACCGAUUUCAUGACGGCGGAUUGGUAUCCGUUUGAUGGGGCUUUCUUGAAGAAAGUUUCCAGGAGGAUUGUAAACGAGGUCAACGGUGUCUGCCGUGUGGUGUAUGAUAUCACUAGCAAGCCUCCUGGUACCAUUGAGAUGGAGUAA